AUGAUAAAUAGAUUUACAAAUCGAAACAAAGUAACAACCAGUGUAUUGCCCUGGAAAACAAAAUGGAAACCAUCAGAGGAAGAUAAAAAAAAUUGGAAUAGAUUUUUAUCUACUAACUCAGAAGAAAUGUCAAAAACAAUGCAGUUUUCGUUUAAUGAUCUCAAAUUAAGAGGAUUUGCAGGUCAUAGCGCUGCAAUUCGAACGCUUGCGAUAAAUGAACCUGCCAAGGUGUUUGCUUCUGGCUCACGUGAUAAGACAGUUAAAAUUUGGUCAUUGAAUAAUGUCCAUCAAGGUAUUGAAAAUUGGGAGAUGGAUCCAUAUUCAGAAAGCACCUUUACUUAUACAGGGCAUCGACGAGGAACAAUUAAUGAUAUACAUUUCUUAACAACAAGUGGUUUAAAUGAUAUUGUUGCGAGUUGUGAUGGAUAUAUUCAUCUAUGGGACCUAGAAACAGGUGUAAAUCUUCAUCAGUUUACAACUAAUAAAUCACCUAUUGCAUCAGUUAAACCUAUACUUCAAUCUAGACAUUUAGUAGGAGGAACAGUUGAAGGACAUAUAACCUUUUAUGAUGUACAUAAUCAUGCUUUAUUACACACCUGGAAAUCAAGCCCAAUGAUAACUAGUAUGACGACUCGAGUGAUAGCUAUAAAUCCUUCGGAAACUUUGAUUGCCAUAGGCUUUUCAACGGGUGCCAUCUCACUUAUCGAAUUAAGAACAGGUACAUUAGUAGCAAGCUGGAAAGGAGGCGAUUCAGAAAUAACUACGAUGAAAUUCUAUACAGAAGAUAUACUUUUAUCUUGUGCACCAGCAGAUCAUUUAAUUUAUUGCUGGAAUGUAAAUCGCUUAGCUUUGGUGAAAACGAUUCCGACAACACAAGAUAUCAUAUCAUUAGAUACAUUCAAAGAUGAAGUAUUAACUAUUAACAGCAAUAAUUCUGUAUCUUUUAUACCCAUCAACGAUAAUUUUCAAGCUUAUUCUUCGAAAUUCAAGCCAUCUAUCAUUAAAUCUCAGGUUAGUUCAUUUGGCAUCAUUCCAACAGAUCAACUGCUUUUAUUUGGCUGUGCCGAGGGGGAGAUUUUUUUAUAUGCUUAA